AAAAAAAAACAAAGAAAGAGAAAAAAAUAAAUGAUGCAUUCUUGUACUGAGAGGAGGAUGAUAAAAUGGAUCUUGUAUUUGAUCUUCUCCCUUUUUAACGUAAUGUUUGUUUUUGCUUCUCCUGCUAAGCACUUGUGUCGUCCAGACCAGAGGGAUGCUCUUUGGGAGUUCCAGAGCGAUUUCUAUUUCGAUGAGUACAAGACAAAGUGGUGGAGUAACAACACUGAUUGCUGUUCUUGGGAUGGUGUCUCUUGUGAUCCUACGACAGGUAAGGUGGUUCAGUUAAACCUCUUUGACACUAACCUUCAAGGUAUUCUACCAGAUUCCAUCACCAACCUCAAAUAUUUAGACACUUUGAGUCUUUCUGGUUGCAACCUCUUUGGAAAGAUUCCUUCUUCACUCGGAAAUCUUUCUUAUCUCACUUACCUCGAUCUUUCUGGUAAUAAUUUCGCCGGUGAACUACCAGAUACAAUGGGCAGCCUAAUCCAACUAAGAGAUUUGUUACUUCACAAUAACAAGCUCAGUGGAAACUUUCCUCUUAUGCUACUCAAUUUGAGUGGGCUCACUGAGGUGAACCUUGCUUCUAACCAAUUCCAAGGUAUGCUACCAUCCAACAUGAGUGGCCUCUCUGGAAUGAAUUUUUUUGAAAUUGGUGAAAAUUCAUUUUCUGGAUCUGUUCCAUUGUCUCUCUUCAUGAUCCCUUCGUUGACUGUGCUUAGCCUAAGAAGAAACAGCUUUAGCGGUCCUCUUGGGAUUGAAAAUAUCUCCUCAUCAUCUAAACUUAGUUAUUUAUCCCUUGGAGUAAAUAACUUUAGUGGACCAAUCCCGAGAUCUAUAUUGAAUCUAGUCAGGCUCGAGGUUCUUGACCUCUCUUUCUGGAACACAGGGAGGGGCAUGGUUGAUUUCAGCAUUUUCUUGCAUUUCAAGUCACUCGCAUCACUUUACCUCUCCUACCUGAAUACAAGAAGCAUUGUUGACUUGAGUCAUUUCUCACAUCUCACGUCACUUCGUGAACUUGAUCUCUCUGGGAAUAAUCUGAAAUUUAGCUCAACUCUCCAUCUUCCUUCAAGCCUAAGCGGCGUGUCUUUAUCAUCCUGCAAUAUUUCUGAGUUUCCCAAGUUUCUACAAACCCAAACCAAUUUGAAUAAUUUAGACAUUUCUGCUAAUCAAAUUGAAGGCCAAGUACCGGAGUGGUUAUGGAGACUUCCAAGGUUGCAGUCUGUAAACAUUUCUCAGAAUUCCUUCAGUGGUUUUGAAGGAUCAGCGGAUGUUAUUCAAAGAAGUGCAUUAUACCUGUAUAUGCUUGAUAUAAGUUACACGUUCCAGGAUCCGUUUCCUUUGUUACCAAACUUUACAAGGUUCCUUUUUGGCUCUGAUAAUCUAUUUUCAGGAGAGAUUCCUAGAACAAUAUGUGAGAUGCUUGCUCUUGAUACACUUGUUUUAUCCAACAACAACUUCAGUGGGUCUAUUCCUCGUUGUUUCAAUAAUUUCAAUACUUCUCUUUCCAUCUUGCAUCUACAGAAUAACAGCCUCUCUGGUGUUAUUCCAAAGGAAACUAUUAGUGAUCGCUUGAGAUCACUUGAUGUUGGUCACAACCAGUUAUCAGGAGAACUUCCCAAAUCUCUGAUCAACUGCACUGAUCUCGAGUUUCUAAACGUGGAAAACAACAGAAUCAAUGACAAAUUUCCAUUCUGGUUGAGAUUGUUGCCUAAUCUACAGAUUAUUGUCCUUCGUUCCAACGAGUUCUUUGGGCCAAUAUCUGCUCCUGGAGUUUCUUUGAGUUUCCCCAUGCUGCGAAUCUUUGACAUUUCGAAAAAUCGCUUCACUGGAAUUUUGCCAUCAGAUUACUUUGCUGGUUGGAGUGCAAUGUCAUAUGAAACACACAUUGGUUAUCAUGUUUUGAUAGAUUUUGGAGGAAGAGACUUAGAAUACCACAAUUCGGUGGCUCUGACAAACAAAGGAUUGAAUAUGGAGCUGGUUGGGAGUGGUUUCAGAAUCUACAAAACAAUUGAUGUCUCCGAAAACAGACUUGAAGGAGAUAUUCCAGAAUCCAUCAGUUUACUCAAAGAACUGAUAGUGCUCAACAUGUCAAACAAUGCUUUCACAGGCCACAUACCAUCAUCUCUGGCGAACUUGACCAAUCUCCAAUCACUGGAUCUAUCUCGAAACAGAUUAUCCGGUGAAAUCCCACCAGAGCUCGGGAAGCUCACGUUUCUUGCAUGGAUGAACUUCUCUUACAACAGGCUUGAAGGUCCAAUCCCACAAGGAACUCAAAUUCAAAGCCAGAAUAGUUCUUCUUUUGCAGAGAAUCUCGGGCUAUGUGGUGCUCCUCUGGAAGAAACCUGCAGCGGAAAAGAAGUAGAAGCAACAAAGGAAGAGUAAGUUGAAGAAAAGGAAGAAAAAGAUCAAGUAUUGAGCUGGAUUGCAGCUGCUAUUGGCUAUAUACCUGGUGUUGUGUGUGGACUCACCAUCGGCCACACUCUAACUCAUAGGCGUGUGCUCUUCGCCUAACGUGCAAUAUACGUCAAGUGAGUGAGGAACGAUUACUGUCUUCUCUAUAUGAUCAUAUCGUGAGAAUCUGUGUUUUGCUGGAGUUAAUUUCCUCUUUUUAUUUGUUAUGUUCUUGUACCUUUCUUAUCGUUCCACUAUACUUUUCUCUCAGUUCAUCUACUCACGAGGUACAUUACUACUUCA